AUGGAAAGUGUAGUUGGGGACUUGAAGCUGGAAGAUUUAGUUUGGUCAAAAAAGGACGAGCGGAGAAGAAUGGAGAAAAUGGUGUACAGGAUCAAUAUUGUGGUUCAGUCCGCGAAUGUUGGUGACGAUGAUGAGUGCAAGUGCGUAGAGACUGAGGUCCUGCCACCUGUAUUGGUCCCACGGCAUAGUGAGUAUCCCAAUGUGGGUUCAGUUACCUCGUCACCAACCACAGCUCCUUGUGGCGGUGGUGGUGGUACUACAGGUUGUGCUGGUCGUCCCGUGAGUGCGUUCAGUAUGUUCUCUCAAGCAACCGAACCUCCGAUGCCGUACAAUGUGAGCUAUCCACAAGGAUUUUCUUCUUCACCCACCGCUAUGGGUAGCGGUCGUUCCCUGAAUGACAGCGGAGUUGUUCCAGCCAUGUCUUCUCCCAACAGCGCCUCCGCCUUACAAUCUCCCUAUCCGGCCUGUCCCAAUCCGGAUUCCUCCUCAACCGGUCAAAACGUUCAUCCGGUCACUUAUCAGGAACCGAAGUACUGGUGUUCUGUUGUCUAUUAUGAGUUGAACAAUCGGGUUGGUGAGGCGUUCAAUGCGUCUCAGCCUAGCAUAAUUGUCGAUGGAUUCACCGAUCCAUCCAACAAUUCCGAUCGAUUCUGUCUCGGUCUUCUCUCUAACGUGAACCGAAACUCCACCAUCGAGAACACACGACGCCAUAUUGGUAAAGGUGUUCAUCUGUAUUACGUAGUCGGUGAGGUCUAUGCCGAAUGUUUGUCGGACAGCAGCAUCUUUGUACAGUCUCGUAAUUGCAAUUAUCACCACAAUUUUCAUCCCACUACGGUAUGCAAAAUUCCACCCGGUUGUUCGUUGAAGAUUUUCUCCAAUCAAGAGUUUGCACAUCUGCUCAGUCGAACGGUGCACCACGGGUUUGAAGCUGUGUACGAGCUCACUAAAAUGUGCACCAUCCGAAUGAGUUUUGUUAAAGGCUGGGGAGCGGAAUAUCAUCGCCAGGAUGUCACCUCUACUCCGUGUUGGGUCGAAAUUCAUUUGAACGGGCCACUUCAAUGGUUGGAUCGUGUGCUUACUCAGAUGGGCACACCUCGCAAUCCCAUUUCCUCGGUUUCGUGA